UUCGUAAUUGAUUAUUUUUCCAAAAAGUUUAAAGAAAAUUUUAACCUAAGUCAAAACAUCUCAACUGAUGAAGGAAUGAUACCGUGGCGUGGAUGGUUAAAUUUUAAAGUUUACGAAAAUUACGAAAUAUGGCAUACUCAUUCGGAUGCUGUGUGAUUCGAUUACGGGAUACAUUUCCUCAUUCAAGAUAUACUCCGGCGUUGGACAGCCUUUAGCUAAAACAGUGAUGGAACUAUUGGCAUCUUCUUAUGGAAAGUGGUAUCACCUCUACAUGGAUAAUUAUUACAACAGUGUAGAACUUGCAGGGAAUUUACUUGAAAAGAAAAUUCGAGUUUGUGGAACGAUACGACAAAAUAGAGGAUUUUCGGAAAAAUUAAAGCGCGCAAAUGUCAAUGUAUUUGAAGCUUGUCAUCAACGGAAAGGUGAAGUACUCGCACAGGUAUGGAGAGCUUCGAAAACUAAAACGAUACGAAUGAUCUCUACAAUACAUAAUGCCACUUUGACUAACACUCAAAUAAAAUGUAGAAAAACCAAUUACACAAUAAAAAAACCUGAAAGUGUUUUAGACUACAACAAAUACAUGAAAGGAAUGGAUCGGGUAGAACAAUAUUUGAGUUAUUACCCUAUAUACAGAAAAACUAUAAAAUGGUCAAAAAAGGUUUGCAUGUACCUCUUUAAUUGCGUAUUAUUUAAUGCAUUCCAUACAUGUCAAUAUUUCAAUACAGAACACAAGAGACACCGCUUUCACGACUUUUUAUUGAAAAUGUCUGAUUCGUGGAUAAAAUACCAUGUACCUGCUUUUGAGCAAAACUUGGAGGUUGUCACUACAUCGCGUACGUCUCAUCAUGAUCCGGUUGACAGACUUUCCGGUCACAUAAAGCAACACCAAUUAGUACUUAUUUCCAAAACGAAUAAACGAAAACGAAGAAACUGCCACGUAUGUUCCAAAAACAAAAAAGAAGAAUAACAAACUUAAUGUGCAAGUCUUGUGGAGUUGCGUUACAUCUUGGAGUAUGUCCCCCUGUGGGUAGGACGUAGUAGAAUACUUCCACAGUACUCCCUGCUUGUCGUAAGAGGCGACUAAAAGGGACUGCGUGAAUGGUGUGUGAAUGUUCUUGUACGGCUAUUACUUUCUUUGUUCUUUUGUCAUAUCUUUUUCUAUUCUUUUUCUCUCUCUCUAGCUUCCUUCCGUUCCUUUCCCUUCUUUUGAGGACCCUGGCUCCCAUUUAUAAUGAUAUAAUUAUGAAUAGUACGACCAGUGGGAUAAGCGAGCAUGGGAGGGAUACCCGUGCCACGGCGGUGUCAGGUGGUGGUAGGGCAGGCCACCCGCUGUCGUCAACCAACGACUGCCAGGAGCUUGGGGUAGACAACCUGGCCCCAGCUCUGGAUAAUGCGUCAG